AUGCAAUUAAUCCGCCCCGGGGCUAUCUGGACGCGCGGCAGCGGCCCGACGACGUCGCACAGUCUCGCCGGCGCGUCGCAUCGGUGCAUGCUGCGGAUGCGCCCGGCGCACUGGCGCACUCGCGCAGCGGCCGCCGAGCGGGCCGCACGUAUCCCGCGUCGCGUGCACCGUGACAAAUGCCGCCCGCCGCCGGUGUCGCGUCAGUUCAGUGAGAUGCCGCAAAAAGACUGUGCCGUCCAGCUCUCGUUGAUAGUGCAACCGGCCGGUCGCAAGUUAGAAGUGUUCCUUGACGUUUUGAUGACUUCGACGGUGGUGCGCAGCGACCGGGUGGCGUUGGCAUCGCCGCGACAUGAC